AUGGUGGCCAACCGCGACUAUGGACUGGAUUCGAAAGAUGAGAACCAAAUGCUGGACGAGGAACCUUUUCUAGGAGGUGAAAGACGUGUCGAUUCUUCGAACAGAAACAGAAGUCAACAUGGCAUCGCCGGUCGAUGGCAUCGAUUGUCCUGGCGACGAAAAGCUCUCGCGCAUCUCCUCCUCGCCAGCACCUACACCCUCAUCUUCUUAAUUGCAAUUACGGCUGUCGUACGGCGGUCAAGAAGUCUCGAAAUGAAUAUCCUGCCUUUGUCUGCGCGAGACGCUAUAGAAUUGGAACUCCGGCCUUUCGAAACGAAAACUCGAGACAACCCGUUCACUGGCGACCCGCGACCAGAGCUGGACAAAGCAUGGCACGGUCUUCUCGAAAACGACAUCAUUCAGGUUUCUUUCGAAGACCUUGAAAGUCUAAACCUUCGUUCUAUUGAAUUGGCAGAUGGUUCUGCCGAAAUAGCGUCUCUCAGUGUAUAUCAUGCUCUGCACUGCCUGAAGAAAGUGCGUCACUGGAUUUACAAAGACUACUACUACCCCGACCGCGACGGGAAUAAGGAGGCGCUUGAGAGAGGCCACGCCAACCACUGCAUCGAGUACAUUCGGGAAAGCCUCAUGUGCCACCCUGACCUGUCACCGGUCACCUUCUCGUGGAUCAACGGCACAUAUGGCAACGGCCCCUUGCUCCCAACGAACAAAGACGUAGCCAUGCAUGAGUGCGCCAAUUGGGAGAAGCUGGAUAGCUGGGCAGGGGACCACGUCUUCGACCUGUUCCGCCUCGAUAGGCUAAGGUACCCGGAUAAAGGCUUGGAAUAUGACGAUUGA